GCUUACCAGCACUAAAAUCGAAAGGCAAGCGCUUACCUACACUGUCGGAAUCACGAACAAUUUUUUUUUAUUAUGGCACUUGCGCGGCUCGCAAACAAUAUUCGCUGAAUAAAAUCAAUUGGAAGCCAUUGCGAGACGUCAAGGACUCUUCACGCUAAGGUUCCUGCUCGAGAGGACCGCUGUAACGGUAGCGAAAGUGCCGAAAUCCAAACAAUUUCCCCGGCCAUCACCCCCUCACCACCCCGCAAAACGAGUAGACGCCGCUCAAAACUACAUUUUGUGCAAAUAUCUAAGAUCUACACAGACCGCCAUCGAAUAUUAUGAAAUGGUUGAUCAAGAGCAUUGAUCUUCAGAACCAAACCGUAAUACCAUUUACCCAAGAGGAACUUGUUGCUUGAGGCUUGGUUGUAGGUCAGUGCGAAGAGGUGGCUGAUCCGGCGACGAAGAGUGCGCACCAGGCGGCGACCGGCGACGAUACAAUGCCCUCGGCCAUAAGUGGCGCCGCACAUGGCCAGGUCCACAUACCCAGCAACGAGGAAUGCGGCAUCAGGGACGUGUGGAAGCAUAACCUGGAGGAGGAGUUCCGCACGAUUCGCAAGGUGGUGCAGAAGUACCACUAUGUAGCCAUGGACACAGAGUUUCCGGGUGUGGUGGCUCGACCCGUGGGCGAAUUCCGCUCCACGGCGGACUACCAUUACCAGCUGUUGCGCUGCAAUGUAGACCUGUUGCGGAUCAUCCAAUUGGGCCUGACCUUCAUGGACGAUGAUGGCAAGACACCCCCCGGCUAUUCCACCUGGCAGUUUAACUUCAAGUUUAACCUGAGCGAGGACAUGUACGCACAGGACUCUAUCGAUCUUCUGCAGAACUCUGGCAUCCAGUUCAAGAAGCACGAGGAGGACGGCAUCGACCCCAUUGAGUUUGCCGAGCUGCUGAUGAGUUCCGGCAUCGUGCUGGUGGACAACAUUAAGUGGCUGUGCUUCCACUCCGGCUACGAUUUCGGCUACCUUCUGAAGCUGCUCACCGAUCAGAACCUGCCCGCCGAUGAAAGCGAGUUCUUCGAGCUGCUGCACAUCUACUUCCCGAACAUCUUCGACAUCAAGUAUCUGAUGAAGUCGUGCAAGACCCUGAAGGGCGGCCUGCAGGAGGUGGCCGAUCAGCUGGAACUGCGGCGCGUUGGCCCCCAGCAUCAGGCCGGCUCCGAUGCUUUGCUGACAGGCAUGGCGUUCUUCAAAAUGCGUGAGGUACAGCACACAAUUGAUUUGCACUUUGACCUUGAAGCGCCCGUUGUACUCUUUUCCUAUUUGCUUGAGCACACCAUGAACCUGAAGCCGACGGUCAGCCGGAUCGAUCUGCUGAGCCGUCCGGCGUACAUCGGUGGUUCGCCUCCCGAUGACGCUGCAAAGGUCAGCAGUGGCAACGGCACGGGCAACAAUAGCUCCUCCAGCGGCGACCUACUUACCUCGAGCUCCUUAGUGGUCACGCCUCCCGCAACUCCCGGCUUACCGGAUCGCAAUGACUCCUCGCUUGCCCAAUUGCUUUGCGUCUAUUCCGAUUCGCAGGCCAAGAAAAAACUGGAGUUUUAAAUAGCAGUGGUGUUGCCCUGCCCUUGCCACUACUAACAUAACUUGCCUCCGCCAAUCAUCAUCGUUGAUAUCAUCAAUUCAUUAGGUUAAGCUGGUUCAUGGUUGUCACAACUCACCCAUUUCCUUACAUAGCAUACAUAUGUAAAUAGUUAUUUAUACCAUGCAGUAUCUGCAGUGCCAUCGGGCAGUAAUUUGUGAAUUUAUGAAUGAAAUCCAUAACUUGAAGUGUUUUCUAGUUAGAUUGAAUCUGUUAAAACCAUGUGUAACAUGUCUUUUAGUUUUAAAGCUCGCGAAACGAAGUGAACUGAGAGAAUUGCUGGAUUUGAAUUGAAAAUUAAAUGAAUUGGAAUUAAU